UCAGUCAUCCAAUUGUUCGGUAAUUAAUUAAUUAAUAACCGAUACUUAGUUCCCGAUAGUAGUGAUGUCCAGUCAAAGAGGUGGACGCGGAAGUACCGGCGGUCGCGGCGGUUACGGCAGUGGAGAUCGCGGUCGCGGAGCUGCCAGAGGUGGUGGUAGUGGUGGUGGCGGAGAUCGUGGCCGCGGAUCAUACGACAGAGGAGAUCGUGGCCGCGGAUCAUAUGACAGAGGAGAUCGUGGUCGUGGACGACCUCGAGAUGAUGGUCCCGAUCGGGUAGCGGCCAUUGCAGUUGAACACAAGGAAAUCCAGAUUAAUAAUAAUAUAUUACCCGAAGGUCAACAACGGAAACCAUUGUUUCCCCGACGACCCGAUGUUGGCCAACAGUACGAGAAAAAAAUCUGGUUAAUUGCCAAUCAUUUUCGGCUACUUAUUGACGACAUAACUGUCUAUCACUACGAUAUCAAAUUUGAACCGCAAGACCGCAGGCCAAUGAAUCAGGCGGUGACUGCCGGCGCCGGUGCGGGCAGUGGUGGUAGUCGUCCAAAGUUGCGUAAACUACGCCAAUCGGACAAUCGGCUAGCGUUUGACCAGUUCAAGUGCGAUCGGUCAGUGUUUACAAAAUCAGUGGACAGCCGGGAAAUGUUGAAACCRGUUUUUGACGGCAACUCCAAUGUCUUAACCGGUUAUCCAUUGAAGGAUAAGCGAUAUGAACGUGAAAUUCAAUGCUAUUUCGAUGGCCAACCAUUUYCUACUGGUGCUGCUGCUGCUGGUGGUACUGGUGGUACUGGUGCUGGUGAUGAUACCAGUSCYGGCCAAACCAAUGUCAAAGUAAUACUAACCUAUGCGGCCAGUAUCGAUCUGAGCCUCAUAGACAUGUACUACUCGGGUCGGUCACCCGAUCUGCCCAGGGAUGCCCURCAGGCACUGGAUAUUAUACUACGAUAUGGCCCGACAUCUAAUCGGAUACCCAUCGGUAACUCGUUGUAUCCUAAAUGGGAUUCCMGUAGUACUGGCGGCGGUGGYGGYGGUGGUGACGGUAGCCGUAAAUCUAUCGACCAAUACGGUACCAAACAAGUCGUAUUCGGUCACKACCAGAGUUGUWRGCCUACGAAAACGGGUCUAUCRCUAGUUGUUGACCGAUCGGCUACCAGUUUCUAUACGGGCGGCGAUUCCCUACUGGACUUUAUUAGRCGAUUGAUGAGGAAUCGGGAUCUAAGACAUCAGCCAUUGAUGGCCGAAGAUAUYCAYMGAUUAACUAAACAAUUGAAAGGCUUGCGAAUACAGACCAAUCACUUACCGUAUCCGAGACGGUAUACCAUCGAUGGCUAUCCAUGAGGACAGCACRCGAGCAAAAGUUUCAGCUCAGGGAUCCCGAAACGGAAAAAGAUCGGGAAGUAUCGGUCGAACAAUACUAUCAGCAACAAUACGGGCGCCGWUUGGACAGACCUGACCUACCGUUAUUGAUGCCCAAAUCGGCAGCUAAUAAACCSAUUUA